AUGUUGGUAGACCUGAUAAAGAAGACUAACGCAUCACUAAAGGAAGAUUUUCAAGAAAAUAGAGAAGAAGGACGAAUAUUCCAAGAAUCGUUAGUGAAGAGUUUACAAGAAACAAGAGAAUCGUUAGAGAAGCGUUUACAAGAAACUAACGCAUCGUUGGAGCAGGGUUUACGAGAAACAAGAGAAUCACUAAAGGUUUUACAAGAAAAUAACACAUCAUUAAAGGAAGAGUUACAAGAAACUAACGCAUCGUUGGAGAAGGGUUUACGAGAAACAAGAGAAUCACUAAAGGUUUUACAAGAAAAUAACACAUCAUCAAAGGAAGAGUUACAAGAAACUAUAGCACAAGAAAUCAAAACAUCACAGAUGAAGAUGGAAUGUAAUCUAAAGGAGGAAAUACAGGAGCUACAAGAACAGUGGAAAAUGGAUAUCAACGAGAGAGAGAAUAAGCUGCAGGAGAGCAUAGACCAAGUCCAGGGAGACGUGGAGAAGGUGGAAGAAAAGUCAACAAAACAGAUAGAAGACGAUAUUAAAGAAACGAAGGCCGAGUUGGGAGAAAGAAUCAACGAAGUGGAAACAAAUUGCAAUCAUCGAAUCGCCGAGGUGACGCAGAUGCAGAAACAAUGCAACGAGGCGGUUAAGGGGAUAGGAGAUAGGCAAAACCAACUAGCUGUCAAUCUGAGAAAUGCGGUAGCCAUGCAGCGAGAAGAGGAUGACCGGUGGGUUGCAAUCGAAGGUGGGGCCUUCACUUGUGGAAUCAAGAGGAAGAAAGGGGCUACUAAUAAUGAUCAGUUUGAAGGAGGAUUCUUGAAGAAAUGCUGGUCCAGAAAUCAUCAGUGUGCAGCGCUGGAGGACACACUACGAUGCAAACCACUUAGUAAUUGGAAAGGAACGUAG